AAAAACACAGCAAUAGUUUUAGCGGCUAUCCGCCAGCCUCGCUUUCCUCUCAAUCUCACGAGACAAAUCCUUGAAGUCAACAUCCUCAUCAAUGCAUAAUCCUCUUUCCUUUCUUUUCACUCCUCGACACCACCACCACCACCAUAGAGAAGGAAAAAACAAAGAUUUGCGUAAGACAAUGGAGAAGAAGAAGUAUCCGAUCGGACCAGAGAAUUAUGUUCUCUAUGAAGAGAUUGGUCAAGGUGCUACUGCUUCUGUUCAUCGUGCCUUGUGUGUUCCUUUUAACGAGAUUGUCGCUAUCAAGAUUCUCGACUUUGAACGUGAUAACGCUGAUCUGCGUACUAUUUCACGGGAAGUGCAAACAAUGAUCUUGGUGGACCAUCCUAAUGUUCUCAAAUCACACUGCUCCUUCGUCAGUGAUCAUAAUUUGUGGGUUGUUAUGCCAUACAUGUCUGGGGGCUCUUGUCUUCAUAUAUUGAAGGCUGCUUAUCCAGAUGGUUUCGAGGAGUUGGUGAUAGCAACAAUACUACGUGAGGUAUUGAAGGGAAUAGAUUAUCUUCAUCAUCAAGGCUACAUACAUCGCGAUGUUAAAGCUGGAAAUAUUCUCGUUGAUGGACGUGGCGCAGUCAAGUUGGGAGAUUUUGGUGUUUCUGCUUGCCUUUUCGAUUCUGGAGACAGGCAACGCACGAGGAAUACAUUUGUUGGGACGCCUUGCUGGAUGGCACCUGAGGUUAUGGAGCAGUUAAACGGAUAUGACUUCAAGGCUGAUAUCUGGUCAUUUGGGAUAACUGCUUUGGAGCUUGCACAUGGCCAUGCUCCUUUCUCAAAAUAUCCUCCAAUGAAGGUGUUGCUCAUGACCUUGCAAAAUGCACCCCCUGGCCUGGAUUUAGAAAGGGAUAAGAAGUUCUCUAAGUCUUUUAAGCAGAUGAUUGCUAGUUGCUUGGUAAAAGAUCCUUCGAAACGACCUUCUGCAAACAAGUUAUUAAAGCAUUCCUUUUUCAAGCAAGCUAGGUCAAAUGACUAUAUAGUACGGAAAUUGUUGGAUGGAUUGCCCGAUCUUGGUGAUCGUAUCCGGGCAUUGAAGAGAAAGGAAGAAGACAUGCUUGCUCAACAGAAGAUGCCCGAUGGGGAAAAGGAGGAAUUAUCGCAGAAUGAAUACAAACGAGGACUUAGCGAUUGGAACUUCAACCUUGAAGAUGUGAAGGCUCAGGCUUCCCUGAUACCAGAUUCUGAGGACCCUAUGACGGAUAAUAAUCUGGGAGAAAGCUUGAAUUCUUUGCCUACACUUGAUGGAGUUGAAAAGCAAUCAGACACUCAGAAUUCUUCCCUGGGACAAGUCACAGAGAUGAUGGAUGAUAAUGAUGUCUCACAAAAUCGAGCUGCCCGGCGGCUUCCAUUAGUCGACUCCUCCCUAAAUAUUGCCAAAGUUAGAUUUGUAAAAUCCGAUGAUGACUCGAGCACUGCGAGUCCAUGCCACGAACGACAUGUUUCGCAAAAUUCUUCACCUGGUUGUGAUAGCCUUGAAGGCAAUGCAGCUGAAAGGCCAGCUUUUAAUAUCAAUGGAAAACCUAGUGAAAAGCUGCAAAAUCAACCACCAAAUAGUUCAAAUAUCAAUGGAGCAACAAUCGUUCAAGAUGGAGAUGAUGGAACUUCUGAAAAUCCUUCCAAAGCAUUACAUAAACCAUCAGGAGCAAGCAGUUAUGAACUUGAUGAAAAAGCAAAGCCGCCAGUUGUUCAGCAAAGAGGACGAUUCAAAGUUACUUCAGAAAACGUUGAUAUAGAGAAGGCGCUCUCACCUCAGCUGGUUCUGCAGAAGAGUUACAGCAUGCAGGUUCGUAAUUUUGAGGUGUUUACCCAACAUCCUGGAGUUUCUUUACCAUCAAUAUCUGAAGCCAUACCAUCAACUCUUUCGGGUCAUUCUCAGUUUCCAAUAUUGCUUUCUGUUUUACAGACAAAUAUUACUCAAAGGGAUGGUAUUCUGUAUCUAAUGAGGCAAAUAUCUGGAGGUGACACUGCAGGCAACCAAACAAUUGACGGGGGAUGGACAACGGCACAAGGGGUGUCUACAGAGAAAUCUUUGGCACCUAGAAGCAGCUCAUGAUAGGGAAAAGGACUUGCUUCAUGAAAUAGCCGAGUUGCAACGGAGGCUUAUACGAACACAGGAAGAGCUUCAAAAGUAUAAAACAGAAAAUUCUCAGGUUAGCACUUGAUAUCCCUUGAGUCAAAACCUCACCACCCUACACGAGGAUUUCGGGUGUGAUUUCCUUAUCCAAAUGAAGCUUGAUUGAUGCAGAACAAAUCUCAAAAAGCUGACUAGCUACACGGAUGAAGCUCAUAGAAGAGACAGGCUCUAGCUAGAUUAAUCUUUGACACAGAAGAGUUAUUGCUGGCAGUUCAUUUUUUUUGUAGCACAGAUUUGCUUCAGCUUGUAAUGUUAUAUACCCCACAUGUGCAGAUUCACCAUUGUUAAUUUGAUAUACCAAAAAUGUAAACAAGUAAAGGUUUCUUUCUAUAAAUCAACUUGUUAGUGUA